AACCCUAACCCCAAUUUCCCUCCUCGUACUCGCGCGCUCAUUCUCUUCCCUCCAUUUCUCUCUCUCUUUAUUUUUUCUCUCUCCCUUUUUUCGAUCUCUAGGAGCUGAGUGUAACUCCAACUCAUUGGCAAACACGAAGCAGCCCCAAAUUCCGGUACCUUUUCAGUAAUCAGAGACAUGGACUCCGACGAGGGGAAGCUUUUCAUCGGAGGAAUAGCUUGGGACACUUCCGAGGAGACGCUCAGAGGCUAUUUCGCCCAAUUUGGCGAAGUUAUCCAAGCCGUUAUUAUGCGCGACAAGACCACUGGCCGUCCUCGAGGCUUUGGGUUUGUCGUUUUCUCUGAUUCUUCAGUUCUUGAUCAGGUGCUUCAGGAUAAGCACACAAUCGAUGGCCGCCAGGUGGAGGCAAAAAGGGCUUUAUCAAGAGAGGAACAGCAAACUUCCUCAAGAAGUGGGAGCUAUAACUCCGGCAGAAGCUCUGGAGGUAGUGGAUAUUUUAAGACCAAAAAAAUAUUUGUUGGCGGUCUACCUUCGGCACUAACAGAAGAUGGGUUCCGGCAGUAUUUUGAAAAUUAUGGCCAAGUAACUGAUGUAGUGAUUAUGUAUGACCAAAAUACUCAGAGACCUCGUGGAUUUGGUUUCAUAACAUUUGACAAUGAAGAUGCAGUUGAUAGAGUACUUUGUAAGAGCUUUCAUGAACUGAAUGGUAAACUUGUAGAGGUGAAACGGGCACUUCCUAAGGAUGCAAAUCCAGGAAGUGGUUGCCGUGGAGGCUAUCAAAAUUAUGGUUCUGGCACUAACGCUAAUAACUUUGAUGGUAGAUCAGAUGGCAAUAGAUAUAUGCAAGCUCAGUCUACUGCUGGUGGUUUCCCACCAUAUUCUGGAUAUGGUGUUUCAAGUUAUGGUUAUGGAGGACCAAACAGUGGUGUUCCUUAUGGAAGUUAUGGUAGUUAUGGUGUUGGUAUGUAUGGUGGCGCUAGUGCUGGAUUUGGUGGUCCAGCUGUACCAUUUGGAAAUCCAACUGCAGUCAAUGCUGGUUAUCUAAGUGGAGCACAUGGCGCGAUGAAAAGUUCUUGGACCAACCAAGCUCCAGGAUAUGGUGGUCCUGGCUAUGGUGCUAGUCCAGGCUUUGGGGCUGCAGCUCCUUGGAGUGCCUCAGGUACUGGUGUACCUCCUUCUGCCCCAAGGGGCCAAUCUCCUAGUGGGGCUUCUGGAUAUGGGAAUCAAGGUUAUUAUGGUGGAAACGAUGGUCCUUAUGGUGGCUAUGGAACCUCUGGAGGACGAGCUACAAGUGCUCCAAAUAGCAAUGUUGGUAGCGGUCAAAGUGGAGAGCCACAUGGCACGAGUGGUGGGUACAUGGGGAGUGGAUAUGAUGACACUAAUGGAAAUUCAGGUUACUCUAGUGGUGGCUGGAGAUCCGAUGCUUCACAGACUCCUGGUGGUUAUGGUGGUGGUUAUGGUGGCACUCAGUCUAGGCAUGGUUAAGCCUAGUUGCUAAAUAUUUGCACAUGCCAUCCUUUUCCACGUGCAAGACAUAAUGCUGGAUAGUAACAGAUCCUGAGAAUGAUUGAAUCUCUUCAUUCUCAUUGCUAUCAGGCAGUAGUAAUUCUGUAGUUGAAUAUGUCCAUUGCUUUUAGCAGUACUAAUAUUUAUUAGGCUUGUUAUCUUGAGGCUGCUUGUUGUUGUGAGCAUUAUACACUUUUAUGUUUUUUUUUUCUUAAUCUAGUGUAGAAGCUAGAAUAUUAUCUAUUUACUUUUCUUUAUGUUGACGGUGGGUGGUUAUGAGGAUAUUCUAUAUAUUGUUAUUGUAUGCCAAGUUUAUUGUUUUUCAUGGUAAUUUUGGUAUU